AUGGGACAGACAUCAUCAACCCAGACCCCACCUAAUGUCACUCAAAGAAUAAAGCCUACCCCAGGAACUGCAGGAACGCGUAUCGUGCGGAAGAACACGGUUUCAGUCUAUUCCGAGUCCAACAAUCAAAUUUUCACUUUGAAGGUGACUUUCGAUAUGACCAUUUCCCAUCUGAAACAAAUGCUUCCAGGUGAGAAAAUUCAGCUUAUGCUGGAUGAUAAACUUCUACCUAACUCAGGAAUUCUACAAGAUUUAGGUAUUUCUGAGCAAAGCUUACUGAGAAUUGUCAGUCAUGAAAAAAUUUCAGACAGAACAACAAGCACUGUAGAUAGCAUAAGCGACAGCGUUUUCGUUCCAAAAAUCAUUGGACCUAAACGAGAAGUGCAGGCCAAGCCUACAAAACCGAAUUGUGAAAGCAUCCUUUCGUCGUGUUCUUCAAUUGAUGGCAUACAAGUGGGGAUCAACUUGCCAAGUUUGGCUGUACCGGAUGUGACAUUAAAAAGAAGCUAUGAAUAUAAAUCUAAAAAAACUUUGUAUUAG